UUGGUCACAUUACACGGUUGUUUACAUUCAUAAAUUGCCCGAAAAACUCUUUAAAUUUAUAUUUGAUUGCAUUUAAAAAGGUUUCUGAUUAAAACCCAGGAAUGGCUGCCUCGCGCUCUCGGCGCAACAAUGCCGGCAACAAAAUAGCCCAUUUACUAAACGAAGAGGAGGAAGACGACUUUUACAAAACGUCCUAUGGCGGAUUUCAGGACGAAGAAGAGGACAACGAAUAUGAACAAAAAGACGAAGAGGAGGAUGUGGUGGACUCGGACUUCAGUAUCGACGAGCAGGAUGAGCUUGUGUCGGAUCAGGAAGAGGCGCCCGAAAAGAAGCGGAAACGCGGAGGCGUCAACACAAAGGCAUACAAGGAAACCAAGCCGGCGGCCAAGAAGGAAACAAAAGCCGUACCCGCCUUGCACAAAAAACGAGGCGGUGGUGGUGUUACGAAGCGUCGGGUUAGGCCCCGAUUCACGGUUCUUGACUCCGGCCGCAAAUCCAUACGCACUUCCACGGCCAUCAAGACACAGGCUACCAAAAUCCGACUCAAGGAGAUGGACGAUGCCCGCAAGCGCAAGAAGAAGAAGGUGCGUGUGGAGGACUAUAUGCCCACUCAGGAGGAGCUGCUGGAGGAGGCCAAAAUAACGGAAGAGGAGAACAUUAAAUCUCUGGAAAAGUUUCAGAAAAUGGAGCUGGAAAAGAAGAAAUCGCGACCCACUAAGCGCACGUUUACAGGGCCCACGAUACGAUAUCAUUCACUGACCAUGCCCGCUAUGCGAAAGCCCACUCGAGGAGCCAAUCUUCUUGUCGAUUCAAAGGAUACCGCCGGAAAGUGUGAGCGGACAUUCGUCACUGUAGAGAACGAUUUCAACGACAAGGUGUUCCAGAACAUCUUCCGCCACAAGCCGGCCCCCAAAGUCAGCAAUGGCAUCUGUCCGAUCACCAGACUGCCAGCCCGCUACUUCGAUCCGGUCACCCAGCAGCCGUACUACAGUAUCCAGGCCUUCAAGAUCCUGCGCGAGGCCUACUACAUGCAGCUGGAGCAGCAGGGUGGCAGCAGUGACCAGCCCGAGUUGGCCAAGUGGCUGGAAUGGCGCAAACUGGUCAAGGAGAAUCGCCUCAAGGUUUCAGCAGCUGCCAGCAAAAACGGGGACCAGAACUAGAAGUGGUACCAAUUUAAUAGUUUGUUUAGUUAUAUAUAAAUCGAAUAAAAAUGGAAGCACAAGAAAAACCACAACAACCCGACCAUUUGAUAUCUUAACAAGUUUAUCUUUAAGUAAUUACAAGCAAUUUUAGUGCAGUUGUAACAAAUAUGAAUAUGUUAUAAAUAUUUGUUAGUCAAACAUUGAAACCGUUAAGCAAUGUUUACUUAGCAGAUUUUUAAAAAUAUAUUUAUGUAAGUACUAAUAAGUUUUGUGAACAUGGCUCAGUACACAGGUUUUCCCAAAACUUAAUCUUAAAAAAGUUAUUUAUAAUCAAGGCACAGUCUGUUUUGUUGGAAGAGUAAGAACCUAAAACAAUGUACUAUUAUCAGCAGCAUCCGGUUUAUUGACUUAGCAAGA